UUCUUGAGGAAUUUCUUGCAACACUAUAAGUUGCAUCUAGAGGUGUGCACUUUUCAAGACGAGGUCUUUUUAUGAAAGAGAUUUAUCUCAUUCAUAUAAACCAUUUAAGUUCAACUUUUAGUUAAAACAAAAAGAAAAUAUUGGAAAAUACAAGCAUUUUAGUCACUUGUAAAAGCAGAUAUUUUGAAAUGGCGCCAAAAAUGACGCCAUUUCCGCUAACAGCAGCAACAAGAACAAAUAGUUAUCUAAAUAUGAAAAUAAUUACAACAAUAAUAACUGCAAUUUUAUUAUUAAAAACUCAGCAAAUUUUAGCACAAGGUAUAGAAGUAUCGCCGACAUUACUACAGCAUUACAAUGACAAUGAAAAUUCCAUCUACCAUGACGAGAAAAGCGAUGUCAGCAACAGCAGACCAACUAGCACAAGCAAUAUUGAAAUGCCAGAAGUAUUCACCUGUCCUGCGGAAGGUUUAUAUGCACACAAUUAUGAAUGUCAAUUGUACUAUCGUUGUGAGGCUCAAACAAAUGGCUACAUUAAAGCAUAUUUGUUAAACUGCAAAAAAGGUACAAUAUUUUCACGUGAUUUGAAAUUGUGUAUGCCAGCCAUGUUGGCCAAUCGCGAGGAAUGUCAACAAUAUAUUAAUGAAAUUGAUACAUUGGCAAGUGAUGAUGAUGUUGUUGUUGGAGCAGGCAUUGGGUCCGGGGCGGCAGUAAGCGACAAGAGACAAGGAGUUUAUUUUGGGGGUUAUAGUGGUGAUGUUAUUAAUAGUUCAAUUGAUGAUGAUGAUAGCGAUAGUAUUGAUAGUCGUUUGAUGCAUGUUCUCAAUGCAGGCAGAGUUAAGGGAGGCAUUGCAAAUAAUGGCAAUGCUAUGGAUGGAGCAUACAAUCAUUGGCAAAAUUAUGGCCUCACAGGAUUAAGUGGUGUUUCGGUAAUUUCCUUUUCAACUUCAUCAGCACGCUCUGCUGGCAUGAGCAGCGGUGGCAGUACAGAUAAUGACCAAGGGCCACCAUGCGAAGAUGAUGGAUUUAUGAGCGAUCCAGAUGAUUGCACUGUAUUUUAUCGUUGUAUUUCGAAUGGUCGUACAUUUAAUAAAAUUGGCUUCCGGUGUUCAGAUGGUACAGCAUGGGAUGAAUCAUUGCAAUCAUGUAAUCACUUGUUAAAUGUACGUGAUAAUGGUGGAUGUCAAGGUAAACAAGGCAUACAAAUGGAUGAGUAUAACAAUGAGCAGACAUCAACGCAGUCAUCACAUACAAGCUACCAAAAUAGUACAUCAUCCACAAUGUCUUCAUCAACAUCAUCAUCUAGUUCACAACAAAGCUCUAGUAGUUCAUCAAGUUCAUCUAGCUCCGCUUCAUCAUCUUCUCAACAAUCUAGUGGCACAGAAAGUUCUUCGUCAUCUUCAAGUAGCCAACAGUCAUCCAGUUCAUCAUCUAGCCAUGAAAGUUCCACACAAAGCUCAACUAAUCUUACAACAUCGAAUGAAAAUAACAGCUCGAAUUCUCAGAAUUCUAGCAGCAACCAAAAUUCAAAUUCUCAGAAUUCCUCUCAGAACACUAACCAAAAUUCGAAUAACAGUCAACAGAAUUCAAAUUCCAACAACAAUGAAAGUUCUAAUGCCCAAAACUCUUCAAAUAACAACAACCAACAAAAUUCCAAUUCGAAUGUACAAAACUCAAAUAACAACCAACAACAAAACGGCAAUCAAAGUUCUAAUUCUCAAAACUCAUCAAAUAAUAGCCAUCAACAAAACUCCAAUUUACAAAGUUCAAAUAACAAUCAACAGUCUUCCAACUCUCAAAAUACAAAUAAUCAAGGAUCUAAUCAAAGUUCAAGUCAAAAUAAUAACAAUCAACAAAGUUCUUCAAAUUCUAAUGCGAACAAUAAUCAAGAAAAUUCUUCUAAUUCACAAUCUCAAAGUAACAGCAAUAAUAACAAUCAACAACAAAGUUCAACCAACUCGAAUAGUACUUCCGAUGGACCCUCUACCACUGAAUGCGUAGAUGAAAAUACUUAUAUACCCGAUAAAAACGAUUGUGCUAAAUUCUAUCGUUGCCGAGAUAACGGAAACGGUGGUUUAGAAAUAGUACCGUUUACUUGUGGUCCUGGUACAGUUUGGAAUCAAGAUGACAAAGUAUGUGAUCUACCUACAGAUUCGCAACGCGAAAAAUGUAAACUGCAAGGUACAGGAACAUCUAGUUCAUCAAAUAAUCAAUCAGGAUCUUCAAAUAAUCAGUCGGGAUCAUCAUCGAAUAACAACAAUCAAUCUGAAUCAGCAUCAAAUAAUAACAAUGAAGCUGGUUCAUCUACCAGUGAAUCUAAUAAUCAGUCUGGAUCAUCAUCGUCGAACAGUAACAAUCAAUCUGUUUCAACGGCAAACAGUAACAACCAGUCUAGUUCUUCUAACAAUCAAUCUAGUUCAUCAAAUCAAACUGGAUCAAAUAACAAUAAUGAAUCAAGUUCAUCUAAUAAUCAGUCUGGAUCAUCAUCAAAUAACAACAACCAAUCUCAGUCUUCCGGUAAUCAACAAUCAAAUAAUCACCAAAGUUCGAGUGGAGAACAAGAGCAGAAUAAACCACAAAAACCUUCCAAUCCUGAUGGCAGGUGUCAACAUUCUGAAACAUACCUUCAAGAUAAAUACGAUUGUGCCCGAUUCUAUCGUUGCGUAGAUAAUGGAAAUGGUGGUUUCGAUACAAUAUCUUUUGAUUGUGCACCUGGUACUGUUUGGGAUCCAGACUCAAAAGGUUGUAAUCAUCCAACAGAUGUUCAAAAAGAACAAUGUAAAAUUAUGGCAAGCAAUGGAAGUUCAUCACCUGGUUCGAGCUCGCAGAACCAACAGUCGUCCACCUCAUCAAACAAUGAAAAUAAUCAAGGAUCAAAUCAAUCUUCAUCAUCAAAUCAGCAGGGAUCUAAUCAAUCAACAUCAAGCUCUGGUUCCUCCUCAUCGAACAAUAAUAACCAAUCAUCUUCGAAUAAUCAAGGAUCCAGCUCUUCAAAUAAUAAUCAAAAUGGUUCCUCGUCAUCAAGUUCCCAAACAACUGAAACAUCAUCUUCGUCGAAUAACCAAAAUCACGGAUCCAACAAUCAAAGUUCUAGUUCUUCUUCAUCGAACAAUAAUAAUCAAAGCAGUUCUUCUAAUCAAUCAUCAUCAAGUUCACAAUCGGGAUCCUCUUCAUCGAGCAACGAAAAUCAGGAAUCCAACAAUCAGAGUUCUGGCUCUUCAUCAAAUAACAAUAACCAAUCAUCGUCUAGCUCACAAUCAGGAACACAGCAUGGUUCUACUUCAACUACAGAAUCAAAUCAAUCAUCAUCUUCAUCAAAUAACCAAAACCAAGGAUCCAACAAUCAAAGUUCUGGCUCUUCAUCAAAUAACAACAAUCAACAACAAUCAUCUAGUGCACAAUCUGGAUCAAAUCAAUCAUCGUCUUCAUCUAACAACCAAAAUCAAGGAUCCAACAAUCAAAGUUCUAGUUCAUCUAAUCAAACAUCGUCGAGCUCACAAUCCGGAUCCCAACAAGGUUCAACCACAACUUCAGAAUCAAAUCAGUCAUCUUCGUCAUCGAGCAGUAACAAUCAAAGCAACACAUCCAAUCAAUCAUCCUCUUCAUCGAGCAAUCAGGGAUCAUCUAACUCCUCUUCAUCACAAUCUACCAAUAAUAAUCAAACUACAACAACUCAAAAACCAUUUAAACCAGCAACACAUUGCGAAAGCGAAGAAACAUUUUUGGAAGACAAAGAAGAUUGUAAUAAAUUUUAUAGAUGUAUUGAUGAUGGUAAAGGUGGUUAUAACAAAGUAUCAUUUAAGUGUCCACCAGAUACUGUAUGGAAUCCCCCAGCUAAUAGUUGUGACCACCCUGCACAAGUACAAAACUUAAAUUGUAAAAUGGUAGCAAGUAGCGGACAAAAUUCAACUAGUAGCAAUAAUCAAGGAUCUUCCUCAUCCGGUAAUGAAUCAUCUAGCACAAGUUCGACUACAGGAACAUCUGGUUCAUCCUCUACAGAAGAAAACAAUAAUAAUCAAUCAACACAAACUGGUUCUUCAUCCUCUUCAAAUAAUCAAUCAUCAGGAUCAAGUGGAUCUCAGUCUUCUAGUAGUAAUCAAUCAACACAAACUGGUUCUUCAUCCUCUUCAAAUAAUCAAUCAUCAGGAUCAAGUGGAUCUCAGUCUUCUAAUAGUAGUAGUAGUAAUAAUAGCCAAGGAUCAAGCAGUUCAUCUUCUAAUAAUCAAUCUUCCGGUUCAAGUUCCUCGGCUAGUUCUUCCACCUCGGAACAAAACAAUAACAAUCAGUCUUCGUCACAGUCUGGUUCCUCAUCUUCAUCAAAUAAUCAAUCCAAUACAGAAGGAUCACAAACGGGAUCAUCAAGUUCAUCAAUAACACAAGGAUCUAUCUCUAACCAGUCUACAACUCAAGGUUCAGCCUCAAAUUCAACAGAAACCAGUUCAUCCUCUCAAUCAGGAUCAUCAUCGUCUCAAUCUGGGUCAUCAUCUCAAUCUGGAUCGUCUUCGUCACAAUCUGGAUCAUCAGGAUCCUCUCAGUCUGGCUCAGCAUCUCAAUCUGGAUCAUCAUCUCAAUCUGGAUCAUCAUCUCAAUCUGGAUCAUCAUCUCAAUCGGGCUCAUCAGCUCAACAGCAAAAUCCCGUUGGUAUUUGUAAAAACAACAAUCAAUAUCUGGAAGAUUCGAAAGAUUGUUCAAAAUUCUACCGUUGUGUAAAAAACAGCAAAGGAGGAUAUGAUAAAGUAGUAUUUACUUGUGGGCCCGGCACCAUAUGGGAUAGUCAAAUUGAAGGAUGUAAUCAUGCUUGGGCAGUUAAAAACAAAAAGUGUGGCACUGGAACCGAUUCCGGUUCUGGUACCGGAACUCAAUCAGAAACACAACAAACAACUACACAGCGUCCACAAAGUAGUACACCUACAACUAGUAAACCAUCAGACCAAAAACCUACUUCCAGCUUGACAACACAAAAACCUGUCACAAAACCAACAUCUACACAAAAGCCUCCAGUUGGAGCAGUAACAUCUACUACUCCUCCGCCACAUGGUAUUUGUAAAACAGAGGGAUUUACAGGAGAUCCAAAUGAUUGUUCUCGUUUUUAUCGCUGUGUAGACAAUGGAAAUGGAAAAUUUUCGCAGUAUUCUUUCAGAUGUGGCAAAGGUACUGUUUGGGACAGUGAAUUGCAGACAUGUAACCAUGAUUUAAAUAAGUGUAAUGUAAAUACUGGCAGUGAAGGAACUUCGACUCAAAAACCACAACAAGUAACAACUUCAGGGCCGGGUUAUUUGCCACCUUCUCAGAAACCCCAAACCACUACAUCAACCACCGCCAAACCUGGAUAUCAGCCAACUACACAAAGGCCACAAGAAACAACUACGAAACCGGCAUAUCUACCAACAACACAAACUCCACAAGAGACAACAACAGGAAAGCCUGGAUAUGAACCAACAACUUCAGAAACAACCACAACAAAACCAGGAUAUCAACCUACUACACAAUUCCCUCAAACUACAACCAGUAAAUACCCCGAAAUUACAACCUCCGGAAAAGAUCCAGAAACUACCAGCCAACCUAUUACUACUACAGUAAAACCUAAUCCAAAUGAACCAAUAUCAUCUAAUGACAAGUGUUCCAAAGAAGGUUUCUUUGGUGACAGCGAAGACUGUCAAAAGUUCUACAGAUGUAUUGAUAACGGCAAGGGAAAUUUUGAAAAGCAUUCAUUCAAAUGUGGAAAUGACACAGUAUGGGAUGCAGAAAUUGAAAGUUGUAAUCAUCCCGCUAAUGUUGCUAAUUCAAGAUGUAGAAUUGAAACUACUGCUGGUAUACCAACUACUACCGACACUUAUUACACCACUACUACUAAAUAUGAGUCCACAACUGUAAUUGGAAAACCUACAUCCACAGAAUCUAUGCCAACUGGCGACUUGACUACAACUAUGCAACCAUCUACCACCACACCCAUACCAAAUUUACCACCCGGUACAAAAUGUGAAGGUGAGGGCUUUAUGGCUGAUCCUGACAGCUGUCGAAAAUUCUAUCGUUGUAUUCCAACGAAAGAAGGCUAUGAACGUCAUGAGUUUAAUUGUGCUAAAAACACGGCAUGGAAUGAAGAGAAACAAACGUGUGAUCAUCGCGAUAAUGUAGAACGUUGUCAAGGACAAACAGAGGAGCCAGAGCCGGAAACAACUACUAUGGAAUAUCAGAGUACAACGACAACAGAAAAGUAUUCAUCUACCACAAUGAUUUCGACUACUGAAACUUUUGAGAAACCAACAACGAUGAAUCCAACCACUACAUCCACAACAUCUACAAUAUAUCCCACUUCCACAGUGAUCAGCGAAUCUACUACAACUGCAUCCACACCUAUAGAUUUUUCCACUACUAUGCAACCUUCUUCUACAACACCUGUACCAAACUUACCACCAGGUAAUAAAUGUGAAGGGGAAGGUUUCAUGGCUGAUCCCGAUAAUUGUCGCAAAUUUUAUCGUUGUGAAAAAAAUAGCAACGGUUAUUCUAAACACGAAUUUAUGUGUGCCAAAGGAACAGGUUGGAAUGAAGAAAAGCAAACAUGUGAUCAUAGAGACAACAUCAAUCGUUGUCAGGGACAAACGGAACAACCAGAUCCUGAAACAACUACAAUGGAAUAUACUACUUACAAACCAACAACAAGUGGAAGUACUACAAAUGGUUAUGAUAAACCCUCAACUACAACAUCUUCCAUUGAAACAACAACAAUGGAAGCUCCAAAACCAACAACCACAGAACCCACAACAACUACAGGUUAUGAUAAACCCUCAACAACCACAAUGGCAGCUCAGAAACCAACAACCACUGAGCCCACAACAACUGCAGGAUAUGAAAAACCUACAACUACAACAACAACUUCCUAUGAAACAACAACGAUUUCUCAAAAACCAACAACCAAUGAGCCCGACACUUCUACUAUCGAUUAUACUACCACCAUGCAACCGACCUCAACAACACCGAUACCUAAUCUACCUCCAGGAAAGAAAUGUAAUGGUGAAGGUUUUAUGGCGGACCCUGACAACUGCCGCAAAUUCUACCGCUGUGAAAAAACUGAUAAUAGUUACUCAAAGCAUGAAUUUAUGUGUGCCAAAGGUACAGGUUGGAAUGAGGAAAAACAAACAUGUGAUCACAGAGACAAUAUUGAACGUUGUCAGGGCCAAACGGAGGAACCAGAACCUGAAACAACAACCAUGGAAUAUACCACCAUCAGCUCCACAACAAGUAUAGCAACUGAAACUACUACAGCCCAUAACGAAAACCCUCCUACGACAACAAUUGGGUACGAAAAGCCCACAGCUACAACUCCUUUAUAUGAAUCAACAACCGUAACAACUCAAUCUCCCUCAACUACCACAAAACCCACAAAACCUAGUAGCACUGAACCAAGUACUACUCCUACAGAUAACACAACUACCUUUAAACCCAGUACCAAUGAAUCAAGUACUACUUCUACAGAAUAUACCACCACUAUGCAACCAACUUCAACUACUCUUGUUCCAAAUUUACCAGAAGGCAAGAAGUGUAGCGGAGAAGGUUUUAUGGCUGAUCCCGAUAAUUGUCGCAAAUUUUAUAGGUGUGAGAAGAAUGGCAACGGAUAUUCCAAAUAUGAAUUUAUGUGCGCUAAAGGAACCGGCUGGAAUGAAGAUAAACAAACAUGUGACCAUAGAGACAAUAUCGAGCGCUGUCAAGGACAAACGGAACAACCAGAUCCGGAAACAACUACGGUAGAGAAUACCACUUACAGGCCAACUACUAGCAUAGUAAGUGAGACUACUACAGCUGAAUACGAAAAGCCCACAACAACGAUUGGAUAUGAAAAACCUACAACUACUACAGUUUCAUAUGAAACAACAACAAUGGAAAAUCAAAAGCCUACCACAACAACUCAAAUUACUUCAGCUGCCACCCAGUCUACCACUACUGAACCAAGUACUACCACAUACUAUACCACAACUAUGCAGCCAACAUCAACUACUCCAGUACCCAAUUUACCUCCUGGAAGGAUCUGCAAUGGAGAAGGCUUUAUGGCAGAUCCAGAUAAUUGUCGUAAAUUCUAUCGCUGCGAGAGGAACGGAAAUGGUUACUCAAAACAUGAAUUCAUGUGUGCUAAAAAUACCGGUUGGAAUGAAGAAAAGCAGACUUGUGAUCACAGAGAUAAUAUUGAACGUUGUCAAGGACAAACCGAAGAACCUGAACCGGAAACCACAACAAUAGAAUAUACUACAGCUAGUUCUACAACGAGUGAAACAACAACUGCUGGAUUUGAGAAACCAACAACUACUACGGAAUAUUUAAAGCCUACAACUACUGCCAUUGAGACAACAACAAUAUCUACACAAAAGCCAACGACCCAAUAUCCAACAACUAUUCUACAGUCAACUACAACAGAAUCCAGCACUACUACAGAUUAUACUACCACUAUGCAGCCGACUUCAACCACACCUAUUCCAAACUUACCACCAGGAAAGAAUUGUAAUGGAGAAGGUUUUAUGGCUGAUCCCGAUAAUUGUCGCAAAUUUUAUCGCUGUGAGAAGAGUGGUAAUGGAUACUCCAAAUACGAGUUUAUAUGCGCUAAAGGUACUGGCUGGAACGAAGAAAAGCAGACGUGCGACCACAGAGACAAUAUCAUACGUUGCCAGGGACAAACUGAAGAACCCGAUGUGGAAACUACAACAAUGGAAUAUACAACAACUUCAUCGCCAGGUCAUACCACUACUGAAUAUGAUAAGCCUACAACAUCUCCUCAGACAACUAUCAUGUCAACAAUAACGCCCACGACUACUACACAAACUCCUACCACGACCAUGCCUAUUACAAAACCUACAACUGAACCUACGACUAGUUCAACUGAUUUCCCAACGUCCACUACGGAUUAUACUACAACAAUGCAGCCAACCACAACCACGCCAGUUCCCAAUCUUCCGGCUGGUAAAAAAUGUUCAGGUGAAGGAUUUAUGGCCGAUCCCGAUAAUUGUCGUAAAUUCUACAGAUGUAUAAUGAAUGGAAACAAAUUAGAACAACAUGAAUUUAUGUGUGGCAAGGGAACAGGUUGGAAUGAAGACAAGCAAACAUGUGAUCAUGCAGCCAAUGUACAGCGUUGUGAUGGUCAAAUAGAGACGACCACAACUGAAUAUGUAACAACCACAUAUAAGCCAACUGAUUCGACCACUUCAAUUCCUGAGGAAACCACCUCUAUUACAAUGACGAAACCUACUACCACCGAACAACCAACAGAUAAACCAGGUUAUGUACCAAGUACGACAGACUCUUCCGCAACGACAGAACGCCCUACUUUCACUACUUCACCCACAACCACCGAAACCCCUAAUACUUCCACGACAUCUCCUACAACUACAGAAACCUCUUCUAUCUAUCCGACGACUGUUCAAUCCACUGAUAAGCCUGGUUAUAUACCUACCACUACUGAAACAUCCUCAAUAUCGACCACCACAGAAGAGUAUGAAAGUACUACCAUUGAACCCAUAAAUCAUACGUGCACCAGUGAAGGUUUCUUCCCAGACCCCGAUGAUUGCAAUCGUUAUUAUCGCUGCGUAGAUGGUGAUAAAAAUGAUAAUUACCAGGUAUAUAGUUUCCGUUGUCCUAAAGGUACUGUUUGGGAUACUUCGCUAGAGACUUGUAACUAUGCCGAUAAAGUAUCGGGCAAUUGUUCAUCAGGUGCUACAACAACUGAAAAUCCAUCAACAACAGAGGUUGGUUCAACAAACAAACCUGAGUCAACAACAACUGAAAGUAUCAAUGAUACUACCACUACAGGAAAACCUGAAUCUACAACAACGGACAGUUCAAAGGAUACUACAACAACUGAAAAUCCUAAAGAAACUACAACUAUGGGAAAACCGGAAUCUACAACAACGGAAAGUUCGAAGGAAACUACAACUACCAGAAAACCUGAAACUACAACAACUGAAAAUCCUAAAGAAACCACAACUGUUGGAAAACCAGAACCUAUAACAACGGAAAGUUCCAAUGAUACUACAACUACCGAAAGACCUGAAACUACAACAACUGAAAGUCCUAAGGAAACCACAACUAUGGGAAAACCUGAAACAACUACUACGGAAAACCCCAAAGACACCACAACCACAGGAAAACCAGAACAGACUACAACGGAAUAUCCUAAGGAUACGACUACAACUACUCAACCUAUAGAAAGUUCCACAACGAAUUCAGAAACAGCUACACCAACGGCACCAAUUACUGGUGAAUCAACAAUACAACCAGAAACUACCGGCAAUACUACUGCACCCUGUCCACCAACCAGUGAAGGUCAAAAUCUUUUCAUAUGCCCGACAGGCUUUAGACGUCAUCCUAAACAUUGCAAUAUGUUCUACCAAUGUACUGAAAAAGCCGAUAGUUAUGACCAAAGUAUAGUUGUAUUUAAGUGUCCAAAUGGCACUGUAUACCACGAAAACCUUAACAGAUGUGAUGCACCAAAUUCUGGCGAUGAUUGUGAGCUAAAGUCUAGAACACAAACUGUACUUUUUGAAGAGGAGUACAAACAUAGUCAUGCGAUUCAAAUCCGUUCAACUGCUCCCCUGUGUCCCAAUGAGGGACACUUUGCCCUAAAUAGUGAUGAGUGUGCUCAGCUAUUUGUCAAAUGUCAGUUUUCAGCACAAACUCAACGCUUAGAAGGACAAAUAUUUAGAUGUCCAAAAGGAUUUACCUAUUGGUCAGUAAGUCGGCGUUGCGAGCGUGCACAAAAAUUGCAAAAUUGUGCAACAAGCAAAUAUGAUGUCUCAGCUUCGAUACCAGUAGAAUGGUCAAAUAUUGGCAAUAGACGCAGAAAUCUCAAGAUUUAAAUUAAUUUAAUGUCACCAUAAAAGCUCUCUUCCCCUAUUAACUACGUACAUUUAAUUAGACUUUAAGUUAGUAUUAUUAAAUACUAGAUUUGUUUGUUGUGCCUGCAACAUAUGGAACUGAUUUUCUUUAGGUUUUAGUCAAUUUCCCCUACUCUUGCAGACAUAACAAAUGAUGAACUAAAGCAAUAUUUAUUUUAGUUUUUAAAACGGAAAUGUAUUUUUAUUUUAAGACAAAGAAACGAUUGGGUACUGGUGUUGGUUUACUAUUUUUUUUUAGGGAAAAGAGGAAAAUGGUCAAAUAUGUAUAUUAAGUUAAUUUAAGUUAAUAACAAUAUAAUAAUUCCAUAAAUUGCCAAUUUUUGUUCAUUUAAGUUAUAAUCAUUUCACUGUCAUAGUUUAAUUUUAAAAAGAUAUUUAACUGCUAAAUAUUGAAUUAAAUUAUUUUUAAUAAAUUUAUAAUGAAAUGCCAUAAAAAUUAUGUAGAUUUUAAGUAAACGAAUAAAAAUAAGAACAUUUUG